UCCGGUAUUAAGCAACGACAACCUCAAGUUAAGCCACCUCGCUCCCGCUCUCCACCUAGGAAUCGACAACGCCGAGCAUGACUCGAGGCCCUUUCGUGGCGGCUGUCUGGUACAAUAUCAACAUAUUUGGCGCAAUCUGGGGGCACCCAACGAAAUAUACAAAAUGUUAGACGGGAUUCGUAUCCCCUUUAUACUAAGGCCGCCACUAUUGUACCCGAGCAACAUAGUCCUUGCGAAAUAUGCUACGAACAAAUCAAUUCUAAUGUCGGAACAGAUAAACGCUAUGGUUCGAGACCAAAUUCUCGAAGAGGCGGAGAUUUCUCCGAGUUAUUUAUCAAAGUUUUUCCUAAUACCCAAGCAGGAUGGGACUUAUCGCCCAAUUUUCAACCUGAGGCAAUUAAACAGCUUUGUGAAAAUUCGGAGAUUCCGUCUGUUCAGCCAUUUUCGUGUACCCACAUUUUUACAGGAAAAGGACUGGAUGGUGAAACUGGAUAUAAGCCAGGCUUACUAUCAUUUACCAAUACACCCUCAGCAUCGCAGAUUCCUCAGAGCCAGUUACAACGGGACGCUGUACCAAAUGACCUGUCUUCCAUUCGGACUGUCGUCAGCUCCGGGACUUUUUGCAACUGUUACCAACUGGAUCGCAGAACAUCUAAGGAAACAAAACAUUCGCUGCGUGGUAUAUCUCGACGAUUUCUUGCUAGCCAAUCAAUCCUUCGAGACUCUCCAGGAACAGGUGGCAUCUGUAAUACAGCUGCUGCAACACCUAGGAUGGAAAGUCAACUUCAGCAAAUCUGUUUUGGUUCCGACCCGACGUCUAGAAUUUCUAGGCGUCACUUGGGAUACACUGGCCAAUUCCAAAUCUCUGUCCGAACCAAAAUGCCAAACGCUACGCAGUGCAUUACAAAAACAGAUUUCGCUUGGCAAGUGGUCUCUCAGACAGGCCCAGUCCCUAAUGGGAAGACUCAGUUUCGCCUCGUUUGUCGUCCGCAGAGGGAGGCUACAUUGUCGCACAAUACAAUACCACAGUCGGCAUCUCCCAACAUCUCAACCGCGCCGACAGUUCACAAUACCGGAACCGGCUCUUGUCGAGAUGAGAUGGUGGAUGAAGGCAGUGUCCAGCUCGUCACCACUGCAUGCGGAACCAAUUGCAUUUCUGCUGACGACCGAUGCAUCCGAGAUAGGAUGGGGAGCCCAACUAGGACAGAUAAAAAUGUCUGGACUCUGGACAGAAGCCCAGAAGUCUUGGCAUGUCAACUGCAAGGAACUUUACGCCGUUCAUGCUGCAAUCUCACAAAACCAACACCUAUUGAAGAACUCGCACGUCCUAUUGCAGACAGACAAUUGCACAGUCAUGGCCUACAUCAACAAAGAGGGAGGAACGAAGUCGAAGAAGCUCCUGCACCUGACACGUCGGCUCCUGGAACUCUUGGACAGUCAAGAGGUGAUUUUAACGGCAAAGUUCCUUCCAGGUCGUUACAACAUGGAGGUGGAUGCACUAUCUCGCAACAAGAGGAACCCAGAAUGGCACCUUCUUCCAGCAGCGACGAGGAAAAUUUUCGAGAAGUGGGGUACUCCGGAGGUAGACCUAUUUGCCUCCAGGACCGCUCAUGUAGUGCCGGAUUAUAUUUCGGUAGACCUAGAGGACAGACAAGCUCUAUUUCACAAUGCCUUUCUCAGACGUUGGAAUUACCACCUCGGAUGGUUAUUUCCACCACCAAAUCUUAUACCUCAGGUGCUAGCACAUCUCAAUACAGCCAGCGGUCAAUACAUCCUUAUAGCUCCGUGCUGGGAAAAAGCCUUCUGGAGAGCAGACAUACAACAAAGAACAGGUCUAACGCCGUACCGAAUACAGGACCUACCACGGGUAUUGAUCGAUACGAGAACGGGACGCCAUCCCCCGGAUAUUCGCAACAUAUCCUUGGAGGCAUGGCUGAUACAAGGUGGGCGGAUCUUGUAGCAGAUUGGACAACUGAAGAAAAAGCCUUAUUACUAAUACUAAGUAGCUGGAGGAAAUCUACGAUGAAAACCUACAUGGCAGCAUGGAGCAAGUGGAAGAGUUGGUGUUCACAGCAGUCUCUUGACUUCAGAUGUGCAGAGCCGUCGGUAGUCGCCAGGUAUUUGGCUUAUCUCCAUAAUACUGAGGGCCUAGCAUACCGGACAAUAUUGGUUCAUAAAUCUGCUAUUUCUACGCUUGCAAAAUCUAACAAUCAAGAUGUGUCAUCCAAUUUUUUAGUCAGGCAAACUCUAAAAGCUAUUUCAGUUGCAAAACUUAAAAAUUCUAAACCGCCUAUUUGGAAUCCUAAAACUGUUUUAGAUUAUCUUAUUUCUAAAAAUUCAGAUGAACAGAAUUUAUAUCAAGUUUCGAGAAGAGUCGCAAUUUUGCUUUUGCUUGCAUCGGGUCGGCGAGUACACGACCUCACCCUCCUUAAAAUCGGGCCGGAGCACCUAAUGGAUGAAGGAGAUUCUUUGAUUUUGUGGCCGGACUUUGGUUCAAAAACAGAUACGGCUGAACAUAGGCAGUCGGGCUGGCGUUUAGAGCCACAUCCAGAAUUAAAUUUAAAUAUUUUAUAUUGGAUUCGUAUAUUAUUAAAAGUAUCAGAGCAGCGACGUCGUGAAGGAGACUGGAAGGAAUUAUUCAUUUCAACAAGAGGAGUGUCUAAGCCAGCCACGAGAACUAUGAUUGGAGGAUGGGUUAAGAAUGUGCUGCGAGAAGCAGGCGUGGAGGCACCUCCAGGUUCCGUUCGUUCAGCAGUCUCGUCAUUAAAUUGGAUAGAGAAUUACACAAUGGACCAGAUACUCUCCACUGGCAAUUGGAAGCAAGAACAUACAUUUAGAACAUAUUAUCACAGGCAGAUUAAAGACAUGGAAAGGAAGACAUGUAACUUAAAGGUUUCCCUGUCAAAAUAUUUCAAAUCAGUAUAAUGGAUUUGAUUAUUAAUAUUAAUUUAAUUACUACAAAUAAUAUAAUUUUUACCUAUUGUGGUUUCUUCUACAUAUCUGUAUUAAGUAAUUUUCACAUACCUAAUCUAACAUUACACAUUAUAGCAUCAAUAUAAGUUUUGUACCAGGAGAAAUCAAACG